UGUUUGUCUGGCAGAGCUGGGUCUAUGGGGGUGUGUGAUGAUAAUAAUACGCCGGGCUUAUAUAACUGCAUCUUGCAAGCACUUCGCAGACAGUCCCUAAUGAAUCUUGGAAACUGGUAUCAGGUCGGGCAGUUUUAUCUGCAAGUUGGAAAUCCGAGGCCCAGAGGCCAGGAGAGAGGGCAGCUGGGAUCAGAGGCCAAGCCUCCCUCCCUGGCUCCUGGAGCCCUGCAGAGGUCAGGACGAUAAGGAACAAUGACUCUCCCAUUCUGGAGGAGGAAGGAAGUCCCUGCUGCCACCUAAUCUCUGCUCCUCUGCUUCUUCCCGAGCCUUUUCUCUAGAGAAGACUUUCAAGGCGACUUUUGUGCUGAGGGCCAGCCGCCAUCAGCCUAAGAAGGUGAAUUUGGCAAAUGACAUGAAGAUUCUUCAAGGGAGAAUCAUUGCAGGGAAUCUUCAAAGGACUCCAUCUGCAGAUGUUCUGAAAACCUCUGAGUCUAGAAAUUGAUUAUUCACCCAGGAUACCUAAUUCAAGCUCCCAGAACUCAGUGGACCAAGGAGUUUGGAAGUCUUUGCAACCAAGCACAAUGAAGUAUUCCUGCUGGGCUCUGCUGCUGGCCGUGUUGGGCACACAGCUGCUGGGAAGCCUGAGUUCCACUGUGCGGUCCCAGAGGUUCCGAGGAAGGAUACAGCAGGAACGAAAAAACAUCAGACCCAAUAUUAUCCUCGUGCUCACCGACGACCAGGAUGUGGAGCUGGGUUCCCUGCAAGUCAUGAACAAGACAAGAAAGAUCAUGGAACAUGGUGGGGCCACCUUCACCAACGCCUUUGUGACCACGCCCAUGUGCUGUCCAUCACGCUCAUCCAUGCUCACCGGGAAGUACGUGCAUAAUCACAAUGUCUACACCAACAAUGAGAACUGCUCUUCUCCCUCAUGGCAGGCAAUGCAUGAGCCUCGGACCUUUGCUGUGUAUCUCAACAACACAGGCUACAGAACAGCCUUUUUUGGAAAAUACCUCAAUGAAUACAAUGGCAGCUACAUCCCUCCUGGAUGGCGAGAAUGGCUCGGAUUAAUCAAGAAUUCUCGUUUCUAUAAUUACACUGUUUGUCGCAACGGCAUCAAGGAGAAGCAUGGAUUUGAUUAUGCAAAGGAUUACUUCACAGACUUAAUCACUAACGAGAGCAUUAAUUACUUCAAAAUGUCUAAGAGAAUGUAUCCCCAUAGGCCCAUUAUGAUGGUGAUCAGCCAUGCAGCACCACACGGCCCUGAAGACUCCGCCCCACAGUUUUCAAAACUGUACCCCAAUGCCUCCCAACACAUAACACCCAGCUAUAACUAUGCACCGAACAUGGACAAACACUGGAUCAUGCAGUACACAGGGCCCAUGUUGCCUAUCCACAUGGAGUUCACCAACGUCCUCCAGCGCAAACGACUGCAGACUCUGAUGUCAGUUGACGACUCUGUCGAGAGGCUGUACAACAUGCUUGUGGAGACCGGGGAGCUGGACAACACUUACAUCAUCUACACUGCGGACCACGGCUACCACAUUGGACAGUUUGGGCUGGUCAAGGGGAAAUCCAUGCCCUACGACUUUGACAUCCGUGUGCCUUUCUUCAUUCGUGGUCCGAGCAUAGAACCAGGGUCGAUAGUCCCACAGAUUGUUCUGAACAUCGACCUAGCUCCUACCAUUCUGGAUAUUGCUGGUCUCGACACUCCUUCUGAUGUGGAUGGCAAAUCUGUCCUCAAACUUCUAGACCUGGAAAAGCCAGGUAACAGGUUUCGGACAAACAAGAAGGCCAAAAUCUGGCGUGAUACAUUUCUAGUGGAAAGAGGGAAAUUUUUACGAAAGAAGGAGGAAUCCGGCAAGAAUAUCCAACAGUCAAACCACUUGCCCAAAUAUGAGAGGGUCAAGGAACUGUGCCAGCAGGCCAGAUACCAGACGGCCUGUGAGCAGCCUGGGCAGAACUGGCAGUGCAUUGAGGAUACAUCCGGCAAGCUUCGAAUCCACAAGUGUAAGGGACCCAGUGACCUGCUCACCGUCCGUCAGAAUGCACGCAACCUCUACUCUCGUGGAUUGCAUGACAAAGACAAAGAGUGCCAUUGUAGGGACUCUGGUUAUCGCUCGAGCAGAAGCCAGCGAAAGAAUCAAAGGCAGCUCCUGAGGAACCAGGGAACACCAAAGUAUAAGCCCAGAUUUGUGCACACCCGGCAGACUCGGUCCCUGUCCGUCGAAUUCGAAGGUGAAAUAUAUGACAUCAAUCUGGAAGAAGAAGAACUGCAAGUGUUACCACCAAGGAGCAUUGCUAAGCGCCAUGAUGAGGGUCACCAGGGCUUCGGAGGCCACCAGGCUGCUGCUGGUGAUAUCAGGAAUGAGAUGCUGGCAGACAGCAACAAUGCUGUGGGGUUACCCGCUACUGUCCGGGUGACACACAAAUGCUUUAUUCUUCCAAAUGACACAAUCCAUUGUGAGAGGGAGCUGUACCAGUCAGCCAGAGCGUGGAAAGACCAUAAGGCCUACAUCGAUAAAGAGAUCGAAGUUCUACAAGAUAAAAUUAAGAAUUUAAGAGAAGUGAGGGGACACCUAAAGAAAAGGAAGCCUGAGGAGUGUAGCUGUGGUGACCAGAGCUAUUACAACAAAGAGAAAGGUGUCAAACGACAGGAGAAGCUAAAGAGUCACCUUCACCCCUUCAAAGAGGCUGCUGCACAGGACGUGGACAGCAAACUGCAGCUCUUCAAGGAGCAUCGGAGGAGGAAGAAGGAGAGGAAGGAGAAGAAACGGCAGAGGAAGGGAGAGGAGUGUAGCCUGCCUGGCCUCACCUGCUUCACCCACGACAACAACCACUGGCAGACUGCCCCAUUCUGGAACCUGGGAUCUUUCUGUGCAUGCACAAGUUCUAACAACAAUACCUACUGGUGUUUGCGUACAGUCAAUGAGACGCACAAUUUCCUGUUUUGUGAGUUUGCCACUGGUUUUCUGGAAUAUUUCGACAUGAAUACGGAUCCUUAUCAGCUCACAAAUACAGUACACACAGUAGAACGGAGCAUCUUAAAUCAGCUACACAUACAGCUGAUGGAGCUCCGAAGCUGCCAAGGGUAUAAACAGUGCAACCCAAGACCCAAGAGCCUGGACAUUGGAGCUAAAGAAGGAGGAAACUAUGACCCGCACAGAGGACAAUUAUGGGAUGGAUGGGAAGGUUAGUCGGUCCAGUGUUGCUUCAGACACCAACUGGCAAGGCCUGGAGGAGUUAUCCGGUGCAAGCGACAUCGAUGAGUACAGAUCUAACCCUAGACUGAGUCCGGAGGACAAGACUAACUACCUGAGGGCUGUCUACAGAGCCUUUGCACUGCUAAACAGUCACCCUGAUCCAAACAAAGCAAACGGGACUCCAACCGCCCAAAGUGGUGGCUUCCUGGUCACCUCUGCUGAGCUCUUGGUGCCAGCAGAGAUGGCUUCUGCAGAAUCAGGUGAAGACCCAAGUCAUGUGGUUGGGGAAACGCCUCCUUUGACCUUGCCAGCCAACCUCCGAACCCUGCAUCUGAACAGACCAACGUUAAGUCCAGAGAGAAAACUUGAAUGGAAUAACGACAUUCCAGAAGUGAAUCAUUUGAAUUCUGAACACUGGAGAAAAACUGAGAAGCAGAUAGGAUGGGAGGAGCUGCGACAUCCUGAAGGCGACGUCGUCAGUGGCAACGGAAUGACAGAGCUGCUGCCCCCGUCUCAUCUUGGGCAGCAGCUCACCAAUCAGCGCCAACAAAAGUAUUCCCAGGACGUGGAGCCAGAGAAGGAUGCUUUGGAAGAUCAAUUGCGUCCUCUUGUCCACUCUGACCGAACUCCAGUUCAUCAGGUGUUCGAUGUGUCCCGCGUGGAGCAGCCUCUUCAUUCCAGCCACACGGAGAGAAUGUUGGCCAAGAUGGGGCGGAGUGAUCCAAAGGAGUGGGUACCAAAUCUCGAAGGCAGUGCCUCCUCUCCAGUCACCUCUGCUUAGAUUAGAUGUUGCCUAACAUAAUAUUUCUUUCCAUGUUUUGAUUAGUAAACUAGUGGUGGCAAUCAUGACUGCCAACAUUAUGAGCCCCCCCCCCACAGGCACACUCGCACAGCAGACACUCGUGUGCACAUGUGUGGGCGAUGCUCACACAGACUCAGUGUAACUUGCUGUUGUUACCGAGAAGGGAGAGGUGGGGGCACAUUUUCUGUUUUGAUGCUUUGUUUUUGGUACUAAAACAGUAUUAUCUUUUGAAUAUUGUAGGGACAUGAGUAUAUAAAGUCUAUCCAGUCAAAAUGGCUAGAAUUGUGCCUUUGUAAGUUUUAAAAGUUUGAUGCCCCUGGUGAGUCUGUCAACAUAUCUUCCCUGCCUGCCUAGUGAAGUUUGAAUUUGUUUCUAACCACUGGAAUUUUUCAACAUCAUCAUCUUUGGGUCAAUGAUUUUGCACUUUGAGUGUGGAAUACUGUGUCUGCUUGGUUGGUAGUGUUAUUAUUUUUCUUUUAAACAGGCUUAUCAGAGUCACAUGCUUUGUCCUAGGAAGGACAAAGGACUAGACCCCCAGCAAGGACACACACUAUGGAUCACAUAUUGUUUAGCAUACGCUUUUCCCAGGAACCACUGCAUGUACUUUACCUCGACGUGCUAAACUUGAUUAGCAGAAAGGCCUGGCUCACAAUUGUGGUGGUAAAAAAUAAAUCCUGAGGGAAUAAGCAAUAAAUAAAACAAGAAUG